UUGCUUGGAUGAGUCUGCGACAUGCCUGAUAAGAGACGAGAUGGGCCAGGGCGACGAGAGCGACCGCAUUGUGAUCAACGUGGGAGGGACUAGGCACCAGACUUACCGCAGCACCCUACGCACCCUGCCCGGCACUCGGCUGGCCUGGAUCGCCGAGCCCGAUGCCCACAGCCACUUCGACUAUGACCCCCGCACGGAUGAGUUUUUCUUUGACCGGCACCCGGGCGUCUUUGCCCACAUCCUGAAUUACUACCGCACUGGCAAGCUGCACUGCCCCGCCGACGUGUGCGGGCCCCUGUAUGAGGAGGAGCUGGCCUUCUGGGGCAUCGAUGAGACCGAUGUGGAGCCCUGCUGUUGGAUGACCUACCGGCAGCAUCGCGACGCCGAAGAGGCUCUGGACAGCUUUGGUGGGGCGCCCCUGGAUAGCAGUGCCGAGGACGGAGACAUAGAUGGCACCGGAGACUCUGGCGAUGGUGAAGAGGAGCUGGAGAUGACAAAACGCCUAGCACUUAGUGACUCCCCAGAUGGCAGGUCUGGGGGCUUCUGGAGGCGGUGGCAGCCCCGCAUCUGGGCGCUCUUUGAGGAUCCCUACUCCUCCAGAUAUGCAAGGGUAAGCUAUGCAAUCAGCACCCUCAUCAACACACUCGAACCUCCCUUCGGUCCCACUUCCUCCCAGCAUCAUCAGGGUUAUCUCCACUGUCACGGCACAGCAGCCAUCCAUGUGUGUAGCCAUACAAAAACCAUGCACGGGCUAUGGGGACAUAACCCACGCUCUCAAGCAGGCCCCAUGCAUGGGGCACGAGUGGACACCAAGGCAUGA